GCGCUGCCCGGUUGCCCCGGUAGCGGCCGCACUGUGAGGUGGUUCUGGUCACAGGCCAGGGGGUUGAGGUGGGAGGAGACGGAAGCGGUGGGGGCAGCGGCAGCCUCCUGGGCUCUGCCUGAGCCCAGCCCCUGCCUGGGGCCUUCUGUCACCACCACCAUCAUGGGCAGCGCGUACCACUGGGAGGCCCGUCGCCGGCAGAUGGCUUUGGACCGGAGGAGGUGGCUGAUGGCCCAGCAGCAGCGGCAAGAGCAGAAACUGAAGAAACUCCAAGAAGAGGAACGGCAAUUUGAAAAAAACCCCCAGCCAUCUCGGGAGUCGCCGCAGGAGUCGCGGCCACCGCCGGCGCCAUCACAGUCGCCACCCGCGCAGUCGCAGCCGCAGCCGCAGCCUCCGCAGGUACCCGAGCGGCCGCGGCCGCCGUCGCCGCCUCCGCCUCGGCCAAAGCCACAAAAUGCCCAAGACCCUCUUACUCAACGCACCUCCCGGUACAUUCUCCAGGAUUCCCAAAGGCCGGGCGCCCACAAGGACAGAUCCCAAGGAGGGGUGAUGAACCCUCAAGGUGCAGUCAACAAAUUACAUCCAGCAGUGGUGAUUCAGAGACAGACCCCCAAGACCCCACUGGCCAUCAGCAAACAUCAGAUGAGCAGCCCCAUCUUCUUACCUCCCAGCAACAUCUCCACUUCAAAAGCCAACCCCUCCUGAUCCACUCUGGCAGGGGAGGCUAGCUGGGAAUAACAUGUGAUCUCUUCCUGGAAAGAAUCAAG